AUGCCGGCCCACGUACAGGCAAGUGUCCUGCAGCGAUUGAUUCUGAUGCUGGUGAUGCUGUCGAUUGCUACGGCCGUACCGGCCGUUCGACCGGUCCCCUUUUCCAACGCCAUUACCGACACCAUCAAUCAGCCGCGAUCGAACGACGGGAAAACGGCACAUCACACACCCCGGUACGAGUUCGCGUACGGCGUGAAGGACCCAAUUACGGGCGAUCACAAAGAUCGGUGGGAAAAGCGGGACGGUGACCGGGUGCAGGGUGUGUACAUGCUGGAGGAAGCCGACGGGACGCAGCGCAUCGUGGAGUACGAGGCGGACGACGUGCAAGGCUUCCGGGCGAUCGUCACCAACGUGAAGCUACCCAAGGGCACCGGCCAGCAGCAAGAUCCGAUCGCACACAGCUACAGUAUGCUACAGGCGACCGCUUAG